CGCUUAGUGCUCGGGGUCUCGGCGGGGUUCGCGUAUGUCGUCACGCCCGACUUCGACGACUACGAUGAGCCGAUCGUGGUGGGGCCCGACGUGCGGGCCGUGCUGCCGCUGGCUGGACAGGGCGACACGCCUGCUGCGCUGGUCGGCGCCGCAGUGCAUCGAUUCAGACGCUUGCCGACGGCCGCGGAGCUGUGGGCUGCCGUGGGUCGCUCCGUGGCCGCGGGGUACCCGAUGCCAGCGGACCCUCUUCUUCUGGCUCUCGCGGCGGGCAACGCUGCAGGCGCGCCUCCAGGGCCCACGCUGCAGGCGCGCCUCCAGGGCCCUUCCCGCUGGCGGACCCAGCAGCUGCGGCCGCCGCCGCGCCUGCGCCGCCUCUCGCCCUACCACCUGCGGAUGGUCCUGCUGCUCCCGUCCCGCCGGGGGCCGCCCCUGGAGUCGCGGCGCUGGCCGCCGCUCUGGGACCCGUGCCACCUGGCCCUGCCGCGGCGCCGCCGCUGGCGCCUGUGCCUGGAGCUGCGGCUGGUGGCGCUCUCGCGGGUGCUGCCGAUGGCGAUCAACCAGCGGGGCGAGCGCGAGCGGAGGUUCGGCGAGACGGUGAACGGCCUCUCAGAGACCGAGGUGGUGGGCUGGCCCAUCCAGGGCCCGCGUACUCUUCUCUGGUGCUUGUCCUUUAUGUCAACCAUGGCGGGGACGCCCACCGCGUGGCAUCAGCGGUGGCUCACGGCCAUGGCCCUGGCCGACGACGACGAGUACGCCAAGCUCCAUGAGACCCUCUGUCGGGUCUUAGACCUCACCGUGGUCUACGACCAACUGCAGGUGGCGGAGAUGGCGUCCUUCGAGGUCGUCGCACGUCAGCUUCAGCUGCUGGAGGAACGGGUGUACGAGUCUCGCUCGGCGCCCCCGACGGCUGCCGCGCCCAAGGCCAAGUCUGGAGCCAGGAGCGCCGCGACGGUCACCGCCGCCAGCAUGGCUGAGACGAGCUACUUCUUGGGCGCGGGGGUCUCCAAGGCCAACUUGUGCAUCUCUCCGAAGCUGCUCGAAUGCAUCGCAGAUCAGAUGAAGGCGGAGGCCGCCAUCAGCAAAGAACGACGCAAG